GCGCCAUGUUCCAGUUUCAGCAUGUUUCCAGUUCGUAUCUGCUGUCAGUGUGUAUGAUCUGACAUUUACCGUCAUGAGUUCCAGUCCGGGUCCGGGCUCUCCUGCACCCCUGACCCCCAGCCUGCAGCGGCUCUUCAGUCAUGUGAGGGUGGAGAAUCUGAUAGCAGGACUCAGUGGAGGAGUUUUGUCCACACUGGCGCUCCAUCCACUCGACCUGGUCAAAAUCAGAUUUGCAGUGAGUGAUGGGCUUGACGUGAGGCCUAAAUACAGUGGCAUUGUGCACUGCAUGAAGAGCAUCUGGCGUCAGGAGGGCCUCCGAGGCCUUUAUCAAGGCGUCACUCCCAAUAUCUGGGGUGCUGGAGCUUCAUGGGGGCUUUACUUCUUCUUUUACAAUGCGAUCAAAGGGUACAACAAGGAAACCAGACAGAAAGAACUGACUGCAACUGAACAUCUGCUGUCAGCAGCAGUAGCAGGAGCAAUGACGCUUUGCUUGACGAAUCCAAUCUGGGUCACCAAAACCCGUCUGGUUCUGCAGUAUAACGCAGAUCCGACACAGAAACAAUACAAGGGGAUGAUGGAUGCACUUGUGAAAAUCUACCGGCACGAAGGCAUUUCUGGACUCUAUCGGGGGUUUGUCCCGGGUUUGUUUGGAACCUCCCAUGGCGCACUGCAGUUCAUGGCGUACGAGGAGCUGAAAAGAGAUUAUAACAAAUACAGAAAGAUGCAAUCCGAUGCUAAACUGAAUCCAUUAGAAUACAUUACCAUGGCAGCUUUGUCCAAAAUAUUUGCUGUGGCUACAACGUACCCAUAUCAGGUGGUCCGAGCCCGCCUGCAAGAUCAGCACAACACAUAUAAUGGAUUGACAGACGUCGUCUGGAGAACGUGGAGAAACGAAGGCCUGCUGGGUUUCUACAAAGGAAUGGUGCCCAACCUGAUCCGGGUCACUCCAGCGUGCUGCAUCACUUUCGUGGUGUAUGAGAACGUGUCCCGUCGCCUCCUGGACCAGAACAAAUGAUCUGAGAAUAGAAAUAAGCACAGCAGAUCUGUGCAUCGAGGAGCAGAGCCGGACCUGAGGCGGGUCGGCCUGACAGAGAACAUGAGGAGACAAAAGACAUAAUACAGGGACAUAAAACAAGCAGGUCCUCUCUGGAAAACUGAAAUGCAGGAUAUUACUGAAAUCAAAGUGUGAUGAACAGGAGACGCUGGUCAGAAACAGUUCCUGUGUAGUUUCAGAAGGGAAGAGGUGAGGUUAUGGUGAAUGUGGACAAUGAAGAUGAAGAUUUAUUUAAUUAAAAGGUGUAACAAUCAAAGGAGGUUUAUUUUUUAAAUUCUUUUAUUCUUUUCUUUUUGUUAUUUAGAGAUAAUCAAUGGAUUAUGCUAGGGCUGGGUAAUUCCUAAAUAUUCAUGGCAUGAUCGUGGUUUAUAGUGUGCAUUUUUUAUGUUUUACCAUAAUUUUCAGGGAAUAAGUUAAAAUUAAUUAAAAAAUAACUCUUGAAAGCAAAUUUAAAAAUGUAAGAAUUCAGCAGCUCUUUUUUCAUCACUCCAUGUGGCAUUUUACAUAUUAAAAUAUAUUUAUGAUCAAAAUGUAUGCAUACUACUGUUCAAAUAUUUAUUUUGUUCAAAAUAACUGCAUUUACAGUGCAUCUGGAAAGUAUUGAUAGUGCUUCACUUUUUCCACAUUUUUUUAUGUUACAGCCUUAUUCCAAAAUGGAUUCACUUCAUUUAUUUCCUCAAAAUUCUACACACAAUACCCCAUAAUGACAAUGUGAAAAAAGAGUUUUUGAAAUUGUUGCAAAUUUAUUAAAAAUAAAACACCUGAAAAAUCACAUGUACAGAAGUGUGAAGCUCUAAAUUGAGCUCAGCUACAUUCUGUUUCCACUGAUCAUUCUUGAGAUGUUUCAGCAGCUUAAUUGGAGUUCACCUGUGGUUAAUUCAGUGGAUUGGACAUGAUUUGAAAAGGCAUACACCUGUCUAUAGAAGGUCCCAGGGUCGACAGUGCAUGUCAAAGCACAAACCAAGCAUAAAGACAAAGGUAUUGUCUGUAGACCUCAGAGACAGGAUUGGCUCGAGGCACAAGGCUGGGGAAGGUUUCAGAAAAAUUUCUGCUGCUCUGAAAGUUCAAUGUACAGAGACAUCCUGAAUGAAAACCUGCUUCAGAGUGCUCUUGACCUCAGACUGGUUCAUCUUCCAGCAGGACAAUGACCCUUAGCACACCGCCAAAAUAUCAAUGGAGUGGCUUCACAACUCGGUGAAUGUCCUUGAGUGGCCCAGCCAGAGCCCAGACCUAAAUCUAUUGAACAUCUCAGAGAUCUGAAAUUGGCUGUACACCGCUUCCCAUUCAACCUGAUAGAGCUUGAGAGGUACUGCAAAGAGGAAUGGGCAAAAAUUCCCAAAGACAGGUGUGCCAAGCUUGUGGCAUCAUAUUCAAAAAGACUUGAGGCUGUAAGAGCAAAGGAGCAGCAACAAAGUAUUGAGCAAAGGCUGUGAAUACUUCUGUACAUGUGAUUCUUCAGGUUUUUUAUUUUUUAUAAAUUUACAACAAUUUAAAAAACUCUUUUUUUACAUUGUCAUUAUGGGGUAUUGUGUGGAGAAUUUUGAGGAAAUAAAUGAAUUUAUUCCAUUUUGGAAUAAGGCAAUAAAAAAAUGUGGAAAAAGUGAAACGCUAUGAAUACUUUCCAGAUGUACUGCUGUUGAGAACAAUACAGUAAAAACGGUACAAUUUGAAAAUAUUAUUUCACAAAAUAACUUUUUGAAUUAAUUAGAUUUCUUUUUGUGAUGCAAACGUUGAAUUUUCAGCAUCCAGUCUCUAUUAUUUUGUUAUCAAUAUUGUACUGCUUGAUAUUCUUGUGGAAAUCAUUACAAGCAUUUAGAUUUUCAGGAUUGUUUGCUUAACAGAAAGCUUACAUUUGUUUUAUUAUAAAACUGAAUUUAUAAAUGGAUAUAAAAUAUUUUUUUGAAAACAUUAUAAAUGCAUUAACUGUGGCUUUUGAUUAAAGUAAUGCAUCAUUAAUCAAAAGUAUUCAUUUCUUAAAAGACCCUCUGAAUCUAGUCUCUAAAUUUAUAAACUUUACAUUUGGCUGUGCAAUUUGGGGAAAAUUUAUAAUUGCCAUUUUUUGACAGAUAUUGCGAUUUCGAUUUGAUUUGCGAUUUAAUUUUGUAGUUAGGGUUCAGCUCAGUAAUCUGUAUCGUAGGUUUUUACUGCUAAAAUGUAGUGUGUUAAAAAAGAAACUGAAAAGAUAUUAACUUCAACAUUUAUUAAAAUUCGUUUUUAAAUAUUCAGAAAUUAGACGCACACUUUUCUCUAGAGGAGACAGGCAUACAUAAAAUAACCGUACCUUUCUGUAAACAAGUUCAACGCAAAAUAGGGAGCUAGUGUAGCUUAUUAUACAAACAAAAAAAUAAUUAUAAUAAAACAGAACACUCAGCAAACUAAAGCUACGGUCACACUGAGAUUUGUGUGUGCGAAAUUGUGUCGUACGGCGCUGCGAAAAGGGGCGGGAUUAAACAAGCUUAUUAGACAUUUAAAAAAGCAAGCGAUUGCUCCAUGUUUACAUUUCUGCCCAGAGAGGUCAUGUUUUGAUCCUCGAUUGGUCUCACGCAGUCAAGUGAUGCGAUUUCGCAGGUCAGAGUUCACCAAGCUUGAACUUUGCACCGCAGCAACGUGCGUUUCCGGUCUGACGCAUUCGCGUGCGUAUGAAUGGAAGACUAUGGGAAGAAAAGUCAAGUGUGACCGCAGCUUAACAUGGCUGAUAAGAGGCAGACUGAAAAGUUCUGAUUGGGCAGAACAAAAGUGUGCUCACUCAAUUGACUAGUAAGACUCACACACAGACGGCAGUCACGCAUUUGCUCUGGGAAAUUAAAUAAUACAUAUUUCAUAUCGCAGCCUCUUUAGCUGAUUAGCUAAUCACAACUUUUCAAGUCUCUUUAUUCAUCAGGGGUCGCCACAGCUGAAUGAACCGGCAAUUAAUCAAGCACAUGUUUUACGCAGCGGAUGCCCUUCCGGCUGUAACCCAGCACUGGGAAACACCCAUACACCCUCACAUUCACACACGUACACCAUGGCCAAUUCAGUUUCUUCAAUUCACCUACAGCACAAUGUGUUGGACUCUAGGGAAACUGGAGCACCCGAGGAAACCCACACCAGCACAGGGAGAACAUGCAAACUCCACACAUAAAUGCCAACUGACCCAGCCGAGACUCGAACCAGAGAUCUUUUUGCUGUGAGGUGACAGUGCUAAAUAUUAAGCAGCCAAGUUCCUUUGAUUCAACUGAAAACAUUUUAGGCCGGCAAGAAUUUUUCUACUAUACUGAAACAUAAUUUGUCGGUCUACAUUGCCCAGCCCUAUUGAUAAUUCAUUGACAAAUCAAGAUAAAUAUGAUUUAUGCUUGCAUAAGUUUACAACACGUCGAUAACGCAUUGCUACUCUUCGUUUUCCCGCACAAACUCAACCUCAGGUUUAAUUCCUCACAUCAGAAGUGCACAAAAUGUACUCAAUCUGACAUUUCUAGCUCAUCGCUGACAUUUGUGUUAAUGAGCUUAGAUUUGUGGCCUUAAACUUGUAACGCUCAUAGGUUAAUAACCGACUCUCUUUGAAGAACAUGUACCCAAGUUAGCAAAUCUCUUAAAAAAACCUUUAUUGACAUUUAAAAAUGAUCCAUUAAAAUGUAUUCAGAGUUUUUACA